AUGCCUAGCUCGACUACAUCAACGCCAAGCUCCACGCAGCUUGAGGAUCCGCUUCCGCGGCCCACUGUGGUCGGUGGUUCCCGUUCGUCAAGCAGAUCAUCGUCGAGGAACCAAAGCGUGUACUCUUCCGCGCCUCAUAGCCGCUCGAACUCGCCGACGCCGCCACAAGACGGUGCAGGCCGCAGCCGCAGCAGGACUUCGUCUCGCCGGUCGUCGCUUGCACCUGGCCCGUCGAGGACGCGCAGCUCGACUUCUCCGCAACGUCAUCCCAUGCGAGCGGUCGAUCCCAACAUUGUUGUCGAAAUCAGCAGCGAUAGCUCUGACGACGACGAUGUCGUCCCGGUAGGGCCAGCGUUUGUCCCCCGUCCGAGUUCUACGUCGCGGGCGAACGACUUUGUGGAGGUGUCAAGCAUCAGACGUGCCCGGGCCGCUCCGCCGACAGAGCGCAGCAAUCUAUUCUCACCUCCCGCGAUGAAUGGACCGCCUGCUGAACCUUUCCUCUUCAGCCACGUCCGAUCUGGCCGGAAUGUCGGCCUCAGUGUCGAUCCCAGUACCGGCGACUUCCUCACCCGACCCAUGCCGAUCGUUCGAUCCGAUCGAUCGAUUUCGCAGUCGGACGACGAUUCCAGCUUCUCCAUACUUUCAGCACGCACGGCGGCCCGGCCCGCUCCCGCUCCGCCUCCCGCCCGAAGCGAGCAUCCGAUCACCGAUAUGCGGCUGCGUUCAUCCAACUUGGCCAUGCCGACAAAGUCGCCGCCACGCUCGAAGCCUCCGCCAAUCGAGCACCCGCUGCUUUCAAAGUACACCUGCCCGAUCUGCUUUGAUGCGCCGACGAACUUGUCCGUCACUCCAUGCGGCCACUUCUUCUGCGGAGGAUGCCUGUUCCAGGCGCUCAAGACCCAGGCGGUGCAGCGAGGGGCGAUGGAGGAAGAGCAGUCUUUUCUGCGAUUCGGCGGCUUGUUCGCACCGGACGCGUUCCCGAUCGACCGCGAGGCUUUCUCCGAGGCGGUAUCUCCCUCUGGACGAAGCGCAGGGGCAGUAGGCGCUACAAGCGCUGGACGUGGACGUGGCGGACGCGGCGGAGGCGCUUCUGGAGGUAGAGGACGAUCCAAGCCAGAUCCGCUUGCGGGUCAAUGCCCCGUGUGCCGCGCCAAGAUCAAAGGAGGCUUCAACGGCCGGGAGAAGAGCGGAAUUCUGGGGCUUCGGCUCACGAUCGGAAAGCCCGUCGACGAUCCGAGGGAAGAGAGCGGCAAAAUGAAGGGCGACUCUGCGCCAGGGGAGGAUGCGUCGGCGGAUUCCAGCGAGACCGAGGACGAAGCAGCGUGGCUUUCGUCACGCAAGGUCAAAGAUGCCUCCAAGGAUUCCAAAUCUGCAGAGCAGCAGCAGCCUCAACACGGUGCAGGCUCAGGUCCGGCACUUGGCCGUGGCAAGCGUCGGCCGCAAAGAUCGUCGACGAAUGCAUUGACAUCUUCCGAUCGAUCCACAGCGACAGCUGAAGGCAGUCGCGGUCGGUCGAGUAAGAGGCAACGGCACGCCUCGAGCAGCUCAGCAACAGCAACCGAAUAG